AUGAAGGGAGAACCGUCACACGACGUGCAGUCCGAAGUGUUGCAAGGAAAAGCUGAAGUAUGCGAAGUUGCAAAAAGACCACAGACUGACAUCGGAAGUUCGAAGAAAAGUAUACAUACCAGAGUUUCCUCAGUCUCCAAUAAAAGUUCUAUCGAAGCCCGUAAAAAACAAUUAUUAUACGAAGCAGCGAAAGAGAAAGCAGAAAUAGUGAAAAAGGAAGCUGAAACUCAGAAGCAACUCGUAGAGAUGAAGCUAGCCGCCGAAUUAGCUGCUCUCGAGGACCAGCACAGCAGUCGCCAGAGUUCUCGACAUCAGCCCAGUGAUGGUCACUCGGUGCGGACAUUGGACAAAGUGCAAGAGUGGCUCGAACGUAGUCAUGUGUCUGAUAGGAACUUUACCAGUCAAAAUCAACAACCUGAAAAAGAGGUCGGCCAUAGUGGUGAAAUCGAAAUGAAGACGUUGGUUAGUGCCUUACACCAGGCUACCUCACAAAAUCAACAGUUGAUGUCCCGAUUCGCUACUUCGAAAGAUUUACCGCAGUUCUACGGCGAUGCACUCGAGUGGCUCGGCUUUAAACAGGCUUACGACGAGUCAACGGAAUUUUGCAAAUAUAGUGACGCAGAAAACAUGUGGAGGUUACGCAAAGCUCUUCGUGGAGAAGCAAAAGAAACAGUGUUAUCACUUCUCAACGGAAACACGUGCCCGAAAACCGUCAUAGAAGCACUAGAACUUCGUUUCGGCAGGCCCGAAGUAAUAAUAAAUAAAAUAACAUAUCAGUUACGGAAAAUGACUCCUUUAUCACAAAAUUACCAUCAAGAUAUAGUUUCUUUCGCAAUUAAAAUUAGAAAUUUUGUAGCCGCAGCGCAAGCAGUGAAUCAAAUCGAUUAUUUAAGAAGUCCGGAACUCAUAUCGUCAGUAUUGAUAAAGUGUCCCAGCGCUCUUAUCAACAAGUGGGCUGAUUAUUACAACGUACAUUUGAAAACAGAAACCCCAAAGUUGGAAAUACUCGCCAAUUUUCUAUAUGAAGAAGCCAGUAAAAUAUCCACCGCCGGAUUGACUCACAUUCACAGUCAAUAUGAAAAUAAAAAGAAGCCCGAAGACAGAAAACAUCAUGCGUUAUUGUUGACUGAGAAACAAGAAUCUUCCUACAAGUGCAAAUUUUGUCGUAGCGGUAAUCACAAACUAACCGAGUGCACGCGGUUCAAACGCGCUAUGACUAAGGAUCGAUGGCGAUUUGUGCGCGCCAACCAUCUAUGCCACAAGUGUCUACUGGCAUCACACAACCGCGACACCUGCUCAGAGCCCGCAUGCGGCAUAGGCGAGUGUUCGCUACCGCAUCAUCGUUACCUACACUGGAAAACAAAAACUGAGUGUUCAACAAAAAACAGUGAUACAAAAUCCAGUGAAAAUAGACCGAUAACAGAAAGUGAUAAAACCGUAAACCAAAACAAUAUAGUGCGUUCCGUGACUAGCGACUACUCAGAAACUGUGACAUACACGAACAAUAUGAACAAUGCCUCAGUGUGUCUUAAAGUAGUUCCUGUAAAAGUGUACGGUCCACGCGGCAUGUUAAAUACCUACGCGCUGUUAGAUGACGGUGCGACGAUAUCGUUAAUAUCUAGUGAAGUUGCCAAUCGCGUAGGCUUACAGGGCGAGAAACAGACAUUGUCCGUCCGAGGAGCAUGGGACUCCAAAUUAACAUGUAACAGUGAAAUAAUAAAAUGUAAAAUUAUUAAUCAAAACAAUGAGUCAUAUGAACUAUGUGCAAGAAAAAUAAGUGAACUAAAUCUACCGUUACAAAAAUUAUCGGACAUUAACAUGAAAAACUAUAAACAUUUAUAUCAAAUAAGUGCUAAAUUAACGUGUCUUAAGGACGUGAAACCAACAUUAUUAAUUGGACAAGAUAAUUAUCAUUUAAUAUCCCCAAUAAAAAUAAUAAUGGGCCAUAAUAAGAAAAGUGAACCCUGUGCGACUUUAACCCCAUUAGGGUGGUGCAUACAUGGCGUGUACCGCAACCAAAGUCAACUAUUAUCACCCGAAUGCGUAAUGAUAACGGCGACGGAACAACAAGCAAACAACGCUGCGCUCGUCGCCUGUAGUCCUCCCGCCGCCGAUAGCAUAGGCGGUGGCGUCGCUGUUACCACUACGACGACAGCUACGCACACACAGGAUGUACCCACGAGCGCGAACUCUCCGCGCAAUCACAUUCAAAUUCCCGCCGAAAGUUGCACUGCGAUACACACGGACCUCAAGACUGACGCACAACUUCACGAACUGGUUCGCAAGUCGUUUAUGUUUGAGAGCAUCGGUGUUCACAAUAAAUCAAGACAAAAUAAAAGCGAUUUAACUGCAAUAGAAAUAGUGAAUAAAUCCGCUAGACUCAUAGAAGGAAGAUGGGAAAUUGGUUUACCCUGGAAAGAUGAAAAUGUUAAAAUGGUGGAUUCCUAUCCCAACGCGUAUAGAAGAUUGAAAACAGCUGAAAGAAAAAUGAUGAGCGAUAAAGAUUAUAAUUUGAGAUACAAGGAAAGAAUAGAUCAUUUAUUUUCCAACAAUUAUGCUCGCGUUCUAGAGCCUAAUGAAGACUUAAGCAAUGUAAAAAAAAUAUGGUACUUACCUCACUUUGGAGUUGACAAUCCAAAUAAGAAAAAGCUAAGGCUUGUAUACGACGCUGCUGCAAAAUCUUGUGGUCAGUCACUGAAUGACUAUUUGCUGCCUGGACCGAACUUGUUGGAGUCACUUCUCGGUAUUAUGUUGCGUUUUCGAGAGAAGCCUAUCGGUCUCACGGGCGAUAUAAAGGACAUGUUUCUUCGCAUAAAAGUACGCCCAGAAGAUCAACACGCCUUAAGAUUUUUGUGGCGCGACAACCCAGAUGAAGACAUAAAAAAGUACGUUAUGACAUCACUUAUAUUUGGGGCUAACUGUUCACCGUUCAUCGCUCAACACGUGAAGAAUUUAAACGCUCAGCGGUACUCAAACGCAAUGCCGGAGGCAGUUCAAGCGAUAGUAAAAAAUCAUUUUAUGGACGAUUACAUUGACUGCUUUGAUGAUGCCGAUACAGCAAUAAAAACUAUGAAACAAGUAUCGUAUAUUCACCAGCAAGGAGGGUUUGAAAUAAGAAAUUGGACGUCGAACAAAAUGUCCGUGUGUCACGACAUGCCUACUGAUACUUUGAGUCCGGCCAUUGUUAACUUUAAAGGCGAAGUGAACGACGUGUACGAGCGUACUCUCGGGUUAUUGUGGUACCCAAAUACUGAUACCUUUGGCUUCAACUUAUCACUAGAAAGGAUACCUAAAGAAAUAUUAUCAGGCGAGAAGAUACCUACGAAACGAGAAUUAUUACGAAUAGUUAUGUCUAUAUUUGAUAUCUAUGGCCUUCUAGCGCCUUUUACUGUGAAUGCUAAAAUAAUAAUGCAAACUUCAUGGAAGACAAAUCUCCAAUGGGAUGAAGAAAUAAAAAGUACAGAAUUCGAGAUAUUUAAUAAAUGGAUUGUUCAAUUACAAAGAUUGAAAGAAAUUAGAAUACCAAGAUGGUACUUCCGUAUUUCUACUGAUAAAGAUAACACAAACGAAAACGAUUCGUAUUGCAAGAUAAAUAAAGUGUGUGCGAGUGAGACGUUACAAUUACACGUAUUUUGUGACGCUUCGCCGACAGCGUAUGCCGCGGUUGCAUAUUGGCGCGUGCAUAGCAACAACAAUGUGUGCGUGUCAUUUAUAGCCAGUAAAAGCAGAGUUGCACCGCUAAAACCAGUAACCAUCCCGAGGCUGGAGUUACAGGCUGCUGUACUUGGAUGCCGUCUCGCUGAUACAAUACAAAAGGAACAUAGACUUCGACCAAUAAAAAGAUACUUAUGGACAGACUCGACGACCGUAUUGCAUUGGAUUAAAAACGAAAAUCGAAACUACAAUGUGUUUGUAGCCAACAGACUUGGUGAAUUGGAUGAAUUAAGCAGUACGCACGAGUGGCACUAUAUACCUACAGAGAAAAAUAUAGCAGACGUAGCAACAAAGAUAAAUAAAUACGAGUUGCGCCCGGAAUGCGAGUGGUUCCGCGGCCCGAAGUUCCUGUACGAGAGUGAUUGGUUUCAACAGCGUUCAUCAGCACCUGAAACAGAAAAAAUACAGAAUGAAGAAAUAUGUGACGUCAUGCAUGUUUGUCAAACAGAAAGUACCAUACCUGUUGCUAAUCCUGAAAAUGCAUCAUCGUGGCUCCGUUUAAAAAGGUCGACUGCAACCAUGUUAUUGUUUAUUGAAAAAUGUAAGAAAAAUAUCACAAAGGCGAUUGACACGGAAAUUAUGAAACGUGCAGAGAUAUUGUUAUUACGCUAUAGUCAAAUGGAAGCGUUUGCUUCGGAAAUUCUAUUACUGAAAAAUAAAAAACCUAUUCAAGUUAACAGCAGACUGCGUAUGUUAACUCCGUUCAUCGAUAGAGAAGGUCUACUGCGAGCAGGAGGGCGAGUCGAAGCUGCCUCGCACAUAUCACCUGAAAUGAAAAACCCAAUAAUAUUAGACGGAAGAAACGUGAUUGCUAGACUUAUAACUAAAGAAUUACAUAUAAGAAGUGCACACGGAAAUAACGAAACAGUGGUCAAUGAACUCAGACAAAAAUAUUGGAUAUUGAACCUACGACCUACGGUACGUACUGUCGCUUCCCGCUGUUUAGUGUGUCGUAUAAGAAAGGCUAAGCCUUGCGCGCCGCGCAUGGCCGACUUACCUGACAGUAGAUUGGCGCAUCAUAAUAGGCCGUUUACUCAUUGCGGCGUUGAUUUAUUUGGUCCAAUUGAAGUUACGGUGGGGCGUCGCAGAGAGCAGCGGUACGGAGUGUUAUUUACCUGCAUGACUGUGCGCGCAGUACAUAUUGAAACAGUCCCAUCACUGACAGCUGACUCAUUUAUAAUGGCGCUAAGAAGGAUGGCGUCCCGACGUGGUUGGCCGCAAUAUAUGUACUCCGAUAAUGGUACGAAUCUGCGUGGAGCAGAAGUGGAACUCAGAAAUUCGUUCCUGGAAUCUGAGAGCAAGGUCAACGAUGAAUUAGCAAAUAUUGGCAUAAUAUGGAACUUUAACUCACCUGUCAGUCCGCAUAAAGGUGGAGCCUGGGAGCGCCUCAUCAGAAGUGUGAAAACGGCCCUGAAAAUAACUUUAAAAGAAAGAGCACCGCGGGAAGAAGUUCUCACGACUUUACUUACCGAAAUAGAACACACGGUUAACAGUAGGCCGCUCACGCAUGUAUCAGUAGACCCUGAAUGUGCAGAAGCUCUAACACCGAAUCAUUUUUUGAUUGGUACUUCGUCAAACUUACCGGUGCCCGGAGUCUUCGACGACAGCGACAUGUACCUACGUAAGAUGUGGCGUGCUGCCCAGCGACUCGCCGACAUGUUCUGGCAGCGAUGGAUCAAGGAGGUGCUGCCUACCUUGAUCCCGCGACAAAAGUGGUACUUAGAAAAUGACGCCCUAAAAGUCGGCGAUGUGGUUGUAGUUGUCGACCCUAGGUCAUGUAGAAAUACCUGGCCAAAAGGAGUGGUCGUCAACGUCUAUCCAGGGAAAGACGGACGAAUUCGAACGGUAGACAUCAAAACUAAAACUGGUGUAUUAACUCGUCCGGCCGCUAGAUUGGCACUACUUCCAGUUGCAUAA